AUGCUUGAGGUCGCCGGUCGCAGGUUCGAAGCCGUCGCAAAUUACUUAACAAAACGAUCGGAGCGAGUACGCUCCCGGCGGCGAGAUCCCUCGGGAAUAAGCCCACGCGCCCAACUUCGGGCUCAGCGGCGCCGGCUGUCCCCCCUCCCGCGCGCGCCCCCCAUCACCCCCGCAGAGAAUACAUUUGCGCACCGCUCGUGUUGGCCUAACAACGGUACUGCGACAACGUAA